GGAGGAGGGGCAGGAGUUUAGGAAGAGGAGGGAAUGGCUGUCAUCAAUGAAGUCAUGUUCGUAAUCUAGUCCCUCGCUCCGCUUCUGGACUCGGGUGACUCACUGAGGGGGGAGAGGAGCGACAGUUAGCACGGCGCUCCGCCCGGGCGGAAGAGCUAUUCUGCUAAUUGAAAAGGAGACAGAAAAUAGAUGUCCACGCCUACAGACCCUGGUGCCAUGCCUCAUCCUGGCCCUUCCCCUGGACCAGGACCUUCACCUGGACCGAUUCUGGGACCUAGCCCAGGACCAGGGCCAUCUCCUGGCUCCGUUCACAGCAUGAUGGGGCCAAGUCCUGGUCCGCCCAGUGUCCCACAUCCAAUGCCAGCAAUGGGGCCUACAGAUUAUCCACAGGAAGGCAUGCAUCAAAUGCAUAAGUCUAUUGAUGGCUUGCAUGAAAAAGGAAUGGUUGAAGAUGUUCAUUGUGGCUCCAUGAAGAGUAUGCGACCUCCUCAUCCUGGAAUGGGUCCACCUCAGAGUCCAAUGGACCAGCAUAGCCAAGGUUAUAUGUCUCCACACCCAUCUCCACUGGGAGCACCAGAGCAUGUGUCCAGUCCAAUGUCUGGAGGAGGUCCAACACCACCUCAGAUGACUCCCAGUCAGCCAGGACCCAUUAUAGCAGGAGACCCACAAGUUAUGAAUCAGCCUAACAGAGGGCCUUCCCCUUUCAGCCCUGCACAGCUGCAUCAGCUGCGGGCUCAAAUUCUAGCAUACAAAAUGCUGGCUAGGGGUCAGCCCUUACCAGAAAAUCUCCAGCUUGCUGUCCAGGGCAAGAGAACCCUGCCUGGCAUUCAACAGCAGCAGCCUCCCAGUGCCUUCAACAGGCAGUCUGGUAUUGGAUUACAUGCAAUGAGUGGCACUGCUGCUGGACCAGGGGCUGCACCAGGGAUGCCUGGACAUACAACUGCCAUUACCCCUAAAACGUGGACUGAAGGCCAGGCUCCAGAUAUGAGUGUCUCCAAUGCACAGCAAAAACUUCCAGCACCAGCUCCUAGUGGGAGGCCUUCUCCUGCUCCUGCUGCUGCCCAGCCUGCUGCCACCAUGCCAGGGCCCUCUGUUCCACAGCCCCCGCCUGGACAACCUUCACCCAUUGUCCAGCUGCAGCAGAAGCAGAACCGCAUUAGCCCUAUCCAGAAGCCACAAGGACUGGAUCCUGUUGAAAUACUCCAAGAACGUGAAUAUAGACUUCAGGCUCGAAUUGCUCACAGAAUCCAGGAACUGGAGAACUUGCCUGGUUCUCUGCCCCCUGAUCUGCGGACCAAAGCUACUGUGGAGUUGAAAGCACUUCGGUUACUGAAUUUCCAACGCCAGUUAAGACAAGAGGUAGUAGCCUGUAUGCGUCGUGACACAACACUGGAGACGGCACUGAACUCCAAAGCCUACAAACGAAGCAAGCGGCAGACUUUAAGAGAGGCGCGUAUGACAGAAAAGCUUGAAAAACAGCAGAAGAUAGAACAGGAGAGGAAGCGUAGGCAGAAGCAUCAGGAAUACCUGAAUAGCAUAUUGCAGCAUGCUAAAGAUUUUAAAGAGUACCACCGGUCGGUUGCUGGGAAAAUUCAGAAACUUUCUAAAGCUGUGGCAACUUGGCAUGCCAACACUGAACGUGAGCAGAAAAAAGAAACCGAGAGAAUUGAGAAAGAAAGAAUGAGGAGGCUAAUGGCUGAAGAUGAAGAAGGCUACCGUAAGCUGAUUGAUCAAAAGAAGGACAGACGCCUGGCCUACCUGUUGCAGCAGACAGAUGAGUAUGUGGCUAACUUGACUAACCUGGUAUGGGAGCAUAAACAGGCACAAGCAGCCAAAGAGAAGAAGAAGCGAAGGAGAAGAAAGAAGAAAGCUGAAGAAAAUGCAGAAGGAAUGGCAUCUGGUCUUGGUCCUGAUGGAGAGCCCAUAGAUGAGAGCAGCCAGAUGAGUGACCUUCCAGUCAAAGUGACUCACACUGAAACAGGCAAAGUUCUUCUUGGACCAGAAGCACCCAAAGCAAGUCAGCUGGAUGCUUGGCUGGAAAUGAACCCUGGCUAUGAAGUUGCUCCCAGAUCAGACAGUGAAGAUGAAAGUGGCUCUGAAUAUGAGGAGGAGGAUGAGGAAGAAGAAUCAAGCAAAUUAGAAACAGAUGAGAAGAUACUCCUGGAUCCUAACAGUGAGGAAGUUUCUGAGAAGGAUGCAAAGCAAAUCAUUGAGACAGCCAAACAAGAUGUGGAUGAUGAAUAUAGCAUGCAAUAUAGUGCUAGAGGGUCUCAGUCCUACUACACUGUUGCUCAUGCUAUCACCGAAAGGGUGGAAAAGCAGUCUUCCCUUCUUAUAAACGGCACAUUAAAACAUUAUCAGCUCCAGGGACUGGAGUGGAUGGUUUCUCUCUAUAAUAACAAUCUGAAUGGAAUUUUAGCAGAUGAAAUGGGACUAGGAAAGACAAUACAAACUAUUGCUCUCAUCACUUACCUGAUGGAGCACAAAAGACUCAAUGGCCCCUAUCUCAUCAUUGUUCCCUUGUCGACUUUAUCCAAUUGGACAUAUGAAUUUGACAAAUGGGCUCCUUCAGUGGUGAAGAUAUCUUACAAGGGUACACCUGCAAUGCGCCGCUCACUUGUUCCUCAGCUUCGAAGUGGAAAAUUUAAUGUUCUUUUAACUACUUAUGAGUACAUAAUAAAGGACAAACAUAUCCUUGCUAAGAUUCGGUGGAAGUACAUGAUAGUAGAUGAGGGCCAUCGAAUGAAGAACCAUCACUGCAAGCUGACUCAGGUCUUGAAUACUCACUAUGUGGCCCCUCGGCGAAUCCUGCUGACUGGGACUCCUUUGCAGAACAAAUUGCCUGAACUUUGGGCUCUCCUUAAUUUUCUUCUUCCAACCAUUUUCAAGAGCUGCAGCACCUUUGAGCAGUGGUUCAACGCUCCGUUUGCCAUGACUGGAGAAAGGGUGGACUUAAAUGAGGAAGAAACUAUUCUGAUCAUCCGUCGUCUGCAUAAAGUGCUUCGGCCCUUCUUGCUGAGAAGACUGAAGAAGGAGGUUGAGUCUCAACUGCCAGAAAAGGUGGAAUAUGUGAUCAAAUGUGAUAUGUCAGCUCUUCAGAAGAUCCUGUACCGUCACAUGCAAGCCAAGGGAAUCCUUCUCACAGAUGGUUCUGAGAAAGACAAGAAGGGAAAAGGUGGAGCAAAAACUCUUAUGAACACUAUCAUGCAAUUGAGAAAGAUAUGCAAUCACCCAUACAUGUUUCAACACAUUGAGGAGUCCUUCGCUGAACACCUGGGCUACUCAAAUGGUGUCAUUAACGGAGCUGAACUUUAUCGGGCCUCAGGGAAGUUUGAGCUACUUGAUCGUAUUCUACCAAAGUUACGAGCUACUAACCAUCGUGUGCUUCUUUUCUGUCAAAUGACAUCACUCAUGACCAUUAUGGAAGACUACUUUGCAUUUCGAAAUUUCCUUUACCUGCGUCUCGAUGGCACAACAAAAUCAGAGGAUCGAGCUGCUCUGUUGAAGAAGUUCAAUGAACCUGGAUCACAAUACUUUAUCUUCUUGUUGAGUACAAGGGCUGGAGGGCUAGGCUUAAAUCUCCAGGCUGCUGACACUGUUAUAAUCUUUGAUAGUGACUGGAAUCCUCAUCAGGACUUGCAGGCACAGGACAGAGCUCACCGAAUUGGUCAGCAGAAUGAAGUUAGAGUCCUGCGACUGUGCACUGUGAACAGUGUGGAAGAGAAGAUACUUGCUGCAGCAAAGUAUAAGCUGAAUGUAGAUCAAAAAGUUAUUCAGGCAGGAAUGUUUGAUCAGAAAUCUUCAAGCCAUGAAAGGAGAGCGUUCCUCCAAGCUAUAUUGGAGCAUGAAGAAGAAAAUGAGGAAGAAGAUGAAGUGCCUGAUGAUGAGACACUGAAUCAGAUGAUUGCUCGACGUGAGGAGGAAUUUGAUCUCUUUAUGCGCAUGGACAUGGAUCGUCGCAGGGAGGAUGCCAGAAACCCUAAACGUAAACCUCGCUUGAUGGAGGAGGAUGAAUUACCAUCCUGGAUUAUUAAGGACGAUGCUGAAGUUGAAAGGCUUACAUGUGAAGAAGAAGAAGAGAAAAUAUUUGGAAGAGGAUCCCGUCAGCGCAGGGAUGUGGACUACAGUGAUGCUCUCACAGAGAAACAGUGGCUGCGGGCAAUUGAAGACGGCAAUUUGGAAGAAAUGGAAGAGGAAGUCCGGCUUAAAAAGCGAAAGAGACGAAGAAACGUGGAUAAGGACUCUGGGAAGGAGGAUGGAGAGAAAGCAAAGAAAAGAAGAGGCAGACCUCCUGCAGAGAAGUUAUCGCCCAAUCCACCCAAACUGACAAAACAAAUGAAUGCCAUUAUUGAUACUGUGAUAAACUACAAGGACAGUUCAGGACGGCAGCUAAGUGAAGUCUUCAUUCAGCUCCCAUCUAGGAAGGAGCUACCGGAGUAUUAUGAAUUGAUUAGGAAACCAGUGGAUUUCAAAAAGAUAAAGGAAAGAAUUCGCAACCAUAAAUAUCGGAGUCUUGGGGAUUUGGAAAAAGAUGUCAUGUUGCUGUGUCACAAUGCACAGACAUUCAACUUGGAGGGAUCCCAGAUCUAUGAGGAUUCCAUUGUUCUUCAGUCUGUGUUCAAAAGUGCACGACAGAAGAUAGCCAAAGAAGAAGAAAGUGAGGAUGAAAGCAAUGAUGAUGAAGAAGAAGAUGAGGAAGAAGAAUCAGAAUCAGAAUCAAAAUCAGUGAAAGUCAAAAUCAAGUUGAAUAAGAAGGAUGAAAAAAGUCGGGAGAAAGGAAAAGGCAAGAAGAGGCAAAGCAGAGCAAAAGCCAAGCCUGUCGUGAGUGAUGAUGAUAGUGAUGAGGAUCAAGAUGAAAAUGUAAGUUUUGUUCAGUGAGACUGUGGAAGUGGUUUGCAGUGAUUGCGUCUCUGCCCUGUCCUGCUUGCUGUCAGAAUUCUCAACUAUUCAUGCUUAAGCACAUACUUAACUUGUAGUGAUCAUCCUGAGAGAAUUGGGUGGGGGUGUUAACAGUACCUGAGUGUGCUUAUGAGCUGUGAUCCCAGUGCUGGAAGACAAGAAGUCUGAGAAGUUUGGAUCUUAUUUCUUCGAGCUGUUCCUACAUUCAUUGAACCUUUAAGUCUCAUGGUCUGUUUGCUUUUGUCCACAGAUGAAAAACUUACAGCCUGAUUAUUUUUUACCUUUGUUUUAGUGAGUGCUUCUGUUAUUGCAACAAAUGAAAAUAGAUGUCUUCCCAGUUGUUUUUAAAUGUCUGGAUAGAAAGAAAGAGCUGGUGUUUCCUGACUCUCUGUCUUUCCUCUCUAAAGAAGUCUACAGCAAUUAGAUGAAAUUUCAUGAAAGAGAAAUACUAGAUAACACAGUACCUUUAUUCAGGCUAUCUUGAUUUGUCAGUUUAAUUGUCAUAUUUCUUCCACAUACUUCCUUUUAUUUUUCCUUCUUUAACAAAUUCCACAGAAUAGCUGGAAAGAAUUUCUGACUUGUCUUGUGUCUCUUACCUCUAGGACCAGUCGGAAGCAAGCGGAAGUGAUGAUGAGUGAUCCAUAGGGUUUAUUUUCUUGGCAGAACUGACCCCUUCCCCUUCUCUUCUCUUUUCUCUUAUUUUACACCCAGUGAAUUCAAAUAGACAUCGGGUUGUUUCUGUAUUCUCAUUCUCUAUAAAUUAGCUUUAGGAUAGUGCCAGACAAACAUAUGAUAUCAUGGUGUAAAAAAGGCAAAAAAUGUAACAUAUUGUGACCAAAUGGGCCUCAAGAAACAACAAAGAAACCUUUUGAGGGAAAAUGUGGGUUGAUAGUAUAUUUCUAUGGGCUGGUUUUGACUUGGUAAUGGUUUGAUUGUGCCUGGUUUUAUCAUUUGAUAAGGUUUUUUUCAAGUGGCAUCAGAAAGGUAACAAAAAAAAAGUCUUUUUUAGCAUUGAUAACCAGGAGAAGUCUUUAAAAGCCACUGGUUAUUUUAUUUUUCAUCAGGCCAUUUGCAAAUUUUUUAUUUGUCCUGUAUUGGUUUUUUACACUGUGGUACAUAUAUGCAACUUUGUUUAAUAGCUUAUAAAUGUUCAGUAGUUAGCUUUCAUACACCUUACCCCAUAUACAUUUUUCCACUUUAUGCUUGAUGAUCUUCAGAAAAAAAGCCUUUUUGAAUUGUAUCAAAUUUAUGUCUACUGUAAACUUUGCUUAACUUUUUUUUUUCCUCUAUUAAAGAAGUUGGUUUAAAAAUGCUAUUGAAUAUUGCAAUCUAUAUAGUGUAACGUAUGGCUUCUUUCAUCAGAUUGAUCUUCUAUGUUACCAAUGUGGAUUAUCACCUUUUCCCUAAAGUGUACUUAAUCUUUGCUUUCUUUGCACAAUGUCUUUGGUUGCAAGUCAUAAGCCUGAGGCAAAUAAAAUUCCAGUAAUUUUGAA